GGACCUAUGAUAGUCAGCGGUCCAGAAGUACUGUUUUGAUACGUAUUAGUGUAAAUUCAAGUCUUUAAAAAUGUUCAAGAACACAUUUCAGAGUGGCUUUUUAUCAAUACUAUACAGUAUUGGAAGUAAACCCUUACAGAUUUGGGACAAAAAGGUGCGAAAUGGUCACAUAAAACGUAUCACAGACAACGACAUCCAGUCUCUAGUUUUAGAAAUUGUCGGUACAAAUGUUAGUACAACAUACAUCACAUGUCCAGCAGAUCCAAAGAAAACACUGGGUAUCAAACUCCCAUUCUUGGUCAUGAUCAUCAAAAAUCUCAAGAAAUAUUUCACAUUUGAAGUACAGGUUUUAGAUGACAAGAAUGUACGAAGGCGUUUCAGAGCAAGUAACUACCAGAGCACAACAAGAGUGAAGCCCUUCAUCUGUACUAUGCCAAUGAGGUUGGACGAUGGCUGGAAUCAGAUUCAGUUCAACUUGUCAGAUUUCACAAGAAGAGCUUACGGAACAAAUUACAUUGAAACACUUAGGGUUCAGAUUCAUGCAAACUGCAGGAUCCGUCGUGUGUACUUCUCAGACAGACUUUAUUCAGAAGAUGAAUUACCUGCAGAAUUCAAAUUAUACCUACCAGUACAAUCGAAGCAACAAAAUAAAUAACAUCAUUUUGACAUUAAACAUUGACAAUGUAUAUAUAUAUGCAACAAAUUUUAAAAAUGCUACUCAAGAAGAACAACAAUGUGAAAAGAAAUUAGGAAGAGGACAUUUUUCAGGCAGUAUGAUCAUCGGGCAUGGCUCAAUUAAAUUGUCAUCGAGCACUAGUAAUUCUGCCAGUGUUUACAGUCAAAGAUAUUCAUUAUGGAAACAGGAUGGGGAAGAUUGUACCAUAACAUAGUGCUGUCUUGUGAUAUCAAACCAAAAAGUGAAAUGCCAUGGCCAUUGCUGAAGUGUUCAUUUUACAAUCAUAUCCAUGUACCUGCCUGUUGUUGAGUGCUAGUUAAGGCACUUAAUAGCCAUAUUUAAUAUUUAAAACUAAUGGCCAUUUCUCCACAAAAUGAACAAAACAAUCUCAGGAAUAUUUUUGGCAAAACACUGCAGUUAUACAGGGGAUGGCUAGCUGAAUUUCGAUUAUGUGAACUCAUGCCAGAUGAAAGAAAUUUUUAUAAAUGUUGGAAUAAAGAUAACUAGAAAUGAAUCUAGGUGUCUUGUAUUCAGUUGGGGAUAUGUUGCAAUAUAUACCAGAUUACUUGUUAAAACUUGUUGAACGUAUGUCCCAACUUAUCAUCACAGUAAAAUCUCAUUUCAGUCCGAGUCAUGGUAAUAUUACAAAUGUUACUACACACAUUAUGAUCAAUUUGUAAAUACUUCCAUAUAGUAAAUAAAUUGUAUAUUGAUGUACAUACAUGCCAAAUAUA